UUCCAAAAAUAGCUUAUGGGGGAAGUAAAAUAUCACCCCUCAUUUAAAGGCAAAAGUGUAAAUUUUUUCAUUUCUAAUUUGUCUUUUAAAGUCAGUAACACUUUUUACAUUUAUAUACAGCUAAUAUUUCAGUGUCAAAGUACCUUCACCUGUGGCAAAUAAGAUAAUUUAAUUGGACCUUGAUCUUGCUGAUAUAUUGUGAAUACCUCUGGAGUGUUCUCUAAAAUUACCUGAUUUGUCAUACUUUCCGAAAUCAGGGCUGAGCUUAUAAUUUGGGUUUAUAGACAUUGUCGCUGAGGAGAUAGAAAAAGGAUUUGUUAGCAUUCAGUCCUUUAACAUUAAAAAUAAUAUAGGAUCUAUAUAGUAUUUUAACUUCCAGAGAUGGUAGCAUGCAUAUUUAUCCCCCCCCCACAGAGUUUUCCCACCACAUGUUUUGUUUUUGUUUUUUUUUAAUAGUCCUACUCUAGCAUUUCAACUUUGUUGUUUUGUGGGAGUCACUCUGUCACGUGCUCUUAGAAUCAGUUGUCCGAGCUCUUCCUUUUUGUCACAGUCAGUUGACCAGAAUAAAUGCAAAGAAUGAUAGUGCUUUUUGAUGGGGGAAAAAAUCGGUAAAGGGUUUGUAGCUUUUGAAGAUAGUACAACAGAUGUGUAGUAUGUGCCCAUCACUGUUUUGAGGAUCUGAGAAGAUUACCGUGAACAAAACACAAAGCUCACAUGGAGCUUACAGUCUAAUGGAGGGAGAAGUGUAGUAAACAAGAAAGCAAUUCAUAUGCCUGAUAAAAUUUACUUGGAAAAACAGAGUAAGAGAAUGGAGAGUGGCUGAGGUGGGUGCUCUUUUAUGUAGGAUGGGCCAGGACAGCAUCUCUAAAACAAGAUGACAUUUGAAAAGAGACCCGAAUGAAGUGGGCAGUGAGCCGCAGAGCUGUCCAGGCAGAUGGGACAGUAAGUGCAAACCCACGAAACAAAAAUGCAAGCACUGGCAGAUACGAACAAUAAUACAGGACAGAUUUCAAAUUCACAUCGUUCUUGAAGCAUUUUUGAAUGAACAGAAACUAAUUAUGGCAGUAAGUUGGUCGUUGUUUAUCUGACAGGUGUAACUGAGUUCCUACAUUAUGUCGGUCCUACUAAUAACUGAUCCUCAAAGAAUAGUCUGCAAUCUCGACUGAAUCCAUGUUUUAGCUGGUUGACUGACAUAUUGGCUUAGCCGUUAGUUCAUGGCAACAAAUGCUUAAUGAAUGUCUGCUGUGUGCCAGGCAGCGUUGAAGGUCCUGGGCAUACAGAGAUGAACAGGACCUACAAAGUUCCUGCCCUAAGGAGCUUACAAACAAGCGAUAACAAGUCAAAGAUAUCUCAGGUUCUAUAGCAAUGGAGCUCAGCGAUGCAAAUUUGCAAACACUAACAGAAUAUUUAAAGAAAACUCUUGAUCCUGAUCCUGCCAUCAGACGUCCAGCUGAGAAGUUUCUUGAAUCUGUAGAAGGAAAUCAGAAUUAUCCACUGUUGCUGUUAACAUUACUGGAGAAGUCUCAGGAUAACGUUAUCAAAGUGUGUGCCUCAGUAACAUUCAAGAACUAUAUUAAAAGAAACUGGAGAAUUGUUGAAGAUGAACCAAAUAAAAUUUGCGAAGCCGACCGAGUAGCCAUUAAAGCUAACAUAGUGCACUUGAUGCUUAGCAGCCCGGAGCAAAUUCAGAAGCAGUUAAGUGAUGCCAUUAGCAUUAUUGGCAGAGAAGAUUUCCCCCAGAAAUGGCCUGACUUGUUGACAGAAAUGGUGAAUCGCUUUCAGAGUGGAGAUUUCCAUGUUAUUAAUGGAGUCCUUCGUACAGCACAUUCUUUAUUUAAAAGAUAUCGCCAUGAAUUUAAGUCAAACGAGUUAUGGACUGAAAUUAAACUUGUUCUGGAUGCCUUUGCUUUGCCUUUGACUAAUCUAUUCAAGGCCACUAUUGAACUCUGCAGCACCCAUGCAAAUGAUGCCUCUGCCCUGAGGAUUCUUUUUUCUUCCCUGAUCCUAAUCUCAAAACUGUUCUACAGUUUAAACUUUCAGGAUCUCCCUGAAUUUUUUGAAGAUAAUAUGGAAACUUGGAUGAACAAUUUUCAUACCCUCUUGACAUUAGAUAAUAAACUUCUACAAACCGAUGAUGAAGAGGAAGCAGGCUUAUUGGAGCUCUUAAAAUCCCAGAUUUGUGAUAAUGCUGCACUCUAUGCACAAAAAUACGAUGAAGAAUUUCAACGGUACCUGCCUCGUUUUGUCACAGCCAUCUGGAAUUUACUAGUUACAACAGGUCAAGAGGUUAAAUAUGACUUGUUGGUAAGUAAUGCAAUUCAGUUUCUGGCUUCAGUUUGUGAGAGACCUCACUAUAAGAAUCUAUUUGAGGACCAGAACACGCUGACAAGUAUCUGUGAAAAGGUUAUUGUGCCUAACAUGGAAUUUAGAGCUGCUGAUGAAGAAGCCUUCGAAGAUAAUUCUGAGGAGUACAUAAGAAGAGAUUUGGAAGGAUCUGAUAUUGAUACUAGACGCAGGGCUGCUUGUGAUCUAGUACGAGGAUUAUGCAAGUUUUUUGAGGGACCCGUGACAGGAAUCUUCUCUGGUUAUGUUAAUUCCAUGCUGCAGGAAUAUGCAAAAAAUCCAUCUGUCAACUGGAAACACAAAGAUGCAGCCAUUUACCUGGUGACGUCUUUGGCAUCGAAAGCCCAGACACAGAAGCAUGGAAUUACACAAGCAAAUGAACUUGUAAACCUGACUGAGUUCUUUGUGAAUCACAUUCUCCCUGAUUUAAAGUCAGCUAAUGUGAAUGAAUUUCCUGUUCUUAAAGCUGAUGGUAUCAAAUACAUUAUGAUUUUUAGGAAUCAAGUACCAAAAGAGCAUCUUUUAGUCUCUAUUCCUCUCUUAAUUAAUCACCUUCAAGCUGAAAGCAUCGUUGUUCAUACUUACGCAGCACACGCUCUUGAGAGACUGUUCACUAUGAGAGGGCCUAACAACGCCACUCUCUUUACAGCUGCAGAAAUUGCACCGUUUGUUGAGAUUCUGCUAACAAACCUUUUCAAAGCCCUCACACUUCCUGGCUCUUCAGAAAAUGAAUAUAUUAUGAAAGCUAUCAUGAGAAGUUUUUCCCUCCUACAAGAAGCCAUAAUCCCCUACAUCCCUACUCUCAUCACUCAGCUUACACAGAAGCUAUUAGCUGUUAGUAAGAACCCAAGCAAACCUCACUUUAAUCACUAUAUGUUUGAAGCAAUAUGUUUAUCCAUAAGAAUAACUUGCAAGGCUAACCCUGCUGCUGUUGUAAAUUUUGAGGAGGCUUUGUUUCUGGUGUUUACUGAAAUUUUACAAAAUGAUGUACAAGAAUUUAUUCCGUAUGUCUUUCAAGUGAUGUCUUUGCUUCUGGAAACACACAAAAAUGACAUCCCAUCUUCCUAUAUGGCCUUAUUUCCUCAUCUCCUUCAGCCAGUGCUUUGGGAAAGAACAGGAAAUAUUCCUGCUCUAGUGAGGCUUCUCCAAGCAUUCUUAGAACGAGGUUCAAAUACAAUAGCAAGUGCUGCAGCUGACAAAAUUCCUGGAUUAUUAGGUGUCUUCCAGAAGCUGAUUGCAUCCAAAGCCAAUGACCACCAAGGUUUUUAUCUUCUAAAUAGUAUAAUAGAGCACAUGCCUCCUGAGUCAGUUGACCAGUACAGGAAGCAGAUCUUCAUUCUACUGUUCCAAAGACUUCAGAAUUCCAAGACAACAAAGUUUAUCAAGAGUUUCUUAGUCUUUAUUAAUUUGUAUUGCAUAAAAUAUGGGGCACUAGCACUACAAGAAAUAUUUGAUGGUAUACAACCCAAAAUGUUUGGAAUGGUUUUGGAGAAAAUCAUUAUUCCUGAAAUUCAGAAAGUAUCUGGAAAUGUAGAGAAAAAGAUUUGUGCGGUUGGCAUAACCAAAUUACUAACAGAGUGUCCCCCAAUGAUGGAUACAGAGUAUACCAAGCUAUGGACCCCUCUAUUACAGUCUCUGAUUGGCCUAUUUGAGUUACCUGAGGACGACACUGUUCCUGAUGAAGAGCAUUUUAUUGACAUAGAAGACACGCCAGGGUACCAGACCGCCUUCUCACAGUUGGCAUUUGCUGGGAAGAAAGAGCAUGAUCCUGUGGGCCAGAUGGUGAAUAACCCCAGAAUUCACCUGGCACAGUCCCUCCACAAGCUGUCCACUGCCUGCCCCGGACGGGUUCCCUCAAUGGUGAGCACCAGCCUCAAUGCUGAAGCGCUCCAGUAUCUCCAAGGAUACCUUCAGGCAGCUAGUGUGACGCUGCUUUGAACUGUUUCUUGAAUUAAUAGCCCAGGAUGGGGUGUAGACCCAUGAGGACAUCGUGUAGACGUCUGAGCACAGCUGUGUUAAAACAAAGCAAGUGUUCCUUUUGAACUUGUCUAUUAAAUGUUGCUUUAAGCUGAAUCUUGAGCAAAUUAGGUGGUUUGUGUGAUCAUGAAUGUAAGUGGACGACUUUUUCAGUUUGCAGCUACAGAGACAAGUAUUACUAGCUUAGUGUAGAACAUCGAGUUGAGCAUUUGCACUGUUUCAAUAAUUCUAACAUUGUCUUGGACACGGACUGUGGAGACGUUUUUUCUGUUACUAAAUCCUUUUGUUUUGAGGCUGUUUGUAUUUCUCUCGUCCUUUGUGUUUUUGUCUGUUUCCUUAAGCUUUUAUUGGAAAUGUGAAUAAGCAAAGAAAUCACUUGUGUAAGUUGCCAAGAAAUGCACAUUUCAUAGUUUUAAAUCUGUAAUCAGCAAUAAAAAAAAAAAAAAACAAGCCCUAAGAUAUGUAUUUAAGAACAUCUUAAGGACAGGUUUUUGGUGCUGAUAUUUUUAUAAUGAAGAAUUUCUUUAAAUUUUUCCUCUCCUGGACUCCAUAAAAUCCUAACUUCUAAA